UUGAGAGUAUCUGUGGAGCGGUGAAGAGCUGUAGAGUUUGGAGAAGUUCUGCAGGGUUUCUGAAAGAGGCACUUGAUUUGGGUCUAGUCUUGGAUGAUUGUUCUUCAUGGCUAUGAAGGAGUUUUGUGUUUGGAAAGGGCUCAUUUUAGCCUUUUUUCUCUUUGCUGUUGAUGGACAGACAUCAGGACCAUCCUUCUUGGUGACAUUUUCUGCAGUGAUCGAGUCUGGCUCUAAUGCCAAAUUGUGUGCAAGUCUUUUAAAACCCAAUGAGAGUCUUGCGUUGACCAUCUAUCUGGUUGAUGACAAAAACCGGACCACACAGCUCGUGCAGCAGAGAUCUUCAACGGAGUUUCACCGCUGUUUUAGUUUCCAGGCUCCUCAUGUAGACGGCGAAUUGGUGCAGAAACUGAGGGUGGUACUUCAAGGGAGGUUCUUCAAAAUGACCGAAGAGAGGAAAGUCCUGUUCAGACGUUACCUUCCUCUGACCUUCAUCCAAACUGACAAACCCAUCUAUAAUCCAGGACAAAUGGUGAACUUCAGGGUUGUGACCAUGGAUGCUAAAUUUGUUCCUCUUGAUCAAAUGUACAGUCUAGUGGUGGUGGAGGACAAUCAUAAUAACCGGAUUGGUCAGUGGACCAACGUUUCCUCAACAGGGUGGAUAUUGCAGCUUUCUCACCAGUUAAACCCUGAGGCUCAGGUUGGGAUGUACACACUGAGGGCUUUUAUUGGUGACCGAAUGAUGUCACAGGUUUUUGAGGUGAAAAAGUAUGUUUUACCCAAGUUUGAUGUCACCUUGAUUGCACCACUGAUGUAUAGUGUGGGAGAUGUGGGACUGAAAGUUGAGGCUUGUGCCAAUUACACAUAUGGGCAACCUGUACCUGGUCAAGCGUUGGUGGAAGUGUGUCGUGAGCCGUUCCCGUACGCGGUGGUACCUGGCCUGUCUCGUGUGUGUCUUAUCAAAACUGCUAUGAUGAACAAAACUGGCUGUGUUUCCCUUACCAUCAGUACAUCAAUGUUUUUCAACACCAAAUUUGGAAAUGACCUGCAAGAUUUAUUUCUAGUUAACGUGAAUGUCACGGAGGAGGGAACAGAUGUAAUGAUGUCAAAAUCCACAACUGUGUCCAUUACGUUUGAAGUUGGCAAGGUCACGUUUUUGGACCUCCCAGGUUUCUUUACCUAUGGAUCAAUAAUUAACGGAAAGAUCUCAGCAUCUUAUUUCAAUGGGACUCCAAUCGCAAGCAAAGCAGUCCAUCUCCUGGAUGGUAGCCAAUGGCCCAACAAACUGCUGCUGAAUCUGACUACGAACAUGAAUGGACUGGCUGCCUUCUCCCUGAACACUGCUGAUCUCCCUAAAGCUGAUCUCAAUCUGGUGGCAAGUGCAACUUCACAGGUUGUUUAUGGAUAUAAAUCGCCCUACUUCAGUACGGACACGAGGACUGUGCCGCUCUUCCAAACUGCUACUCCCAAUAACCCAACCUUUAGUGAACUGACUAUAGUCAAGUUUGAACAACCACUGAAAUGUGGUGCCAAGUAUCCAGUUACAGUCAAAUAUUCAUUUGUUGGUGAAACUGGUGACUACAGUGCUGACAUAAUCUAUAUGGUGUUGUCCAGAGGAGUGAUUGUUCUGCAUGGAUUUCAAAAGGUCCAAGUGAGGGCUUUGAAUGCACUUAAAAGUGGCACUGUGCCAUUUGAGCUGUCUGUCAGUCUUGAUAUGGCUCCAGUAGUGCAGAUUCUGGCCUUCUGUGUUCUGCCCAGUGAGAAUGUAGUUGCUGCUAGUGCAGCUUUUGACACUGAAAUGUGUUUCCAAAACCAGGUGUCUCUGCAGUUUUCUCCACCUACGGCUGUUCCUAGUGAGGGCAAUGUUUUGACCGUCUCCGCUCAAGCAGGAUCCCUGUGUGGCCUCAGCGCUGUUGAUCAGAGCAUCCGGAUCAUGGAGCCAGGAAGACGUUUGAGCGCUCAAGCGGUGUUCGACUUGCUCCCAGUGCGAUCACUAUCGGAUCUGUAUCCUGUUGAGGAUGAACAGGAGUGCCUGAAUGUUCGCCCCCGUCGAGCUGUUCCUGCAGGCCAAGCUUACGAAGUUUUCAAGAGUGUGGGGAUUAAGGUUGCAACAAAUCUGCCUGUCCAAGAACCUCACUGCCUGAUGUACAGAGACCUGAAUUACUAUCGCAACUUCCAUCACAUGUAUUUUCGUGGUCCUGAAGCCUUUGCAGUGGCUGCUGCACCAGUAGGAGAGGGCGCUGGAGGUGAUGGUAGCUCCUCUUUUGACGUGACCGUCAGGACUUACUUUCCAGAAACAUGGAUCUGGCAGCUUGCUCAAGUGGGAAACACUGGAUCCACACGAGUUCCUCUGAAGGUUCCUGACACCAUCACCACAUGGGAGACUGAGGCGUUCUGCCUGUCCUCCAAAGGUUUUGGCUUGGCUCCUCCAGUUCAGCUGACUGUCUUCCAGCCCUUCUUCCUGGAGCUCUCCCUGCCUUACUCCAUCAUCCGUGGAGAGUCUUUUGAGCUGAAGGCCACAGUCUUCAACUAUCUGUCCAAGUGCAUCAUGGUUAAAGUGACUCCAGCUUCUUCCUUGGACUUCAGUCUUAGACCUUUAAAUGAGCCGUAUUCAUCCUGUCUCUGUGCCAAUGGGAGAAAGACCUUUAAAUGGAUUCUCUCCGCUUCUGUUCUCGGAUCUGUAAAUGUAACUGUCAGUGCUCUGGCUGAACAAUCCCAGGUUCGAUGUGGCACUGAAGUUGUGACCGUGCCAACAAGAGGACGCAUUGACUUGGUUACUCGCAGUCUACUGGUUCUGCCUGAAGGAGUUGAAAGGAUCUUCACCCAGAGUUGGUUAUUGUGCCCAAAGGGAAGUCUCCUUUCAGAAGACGUGUCUCUGACGUUUCCAACAAAUGUGAUCCAGGGAUCAGCCAAGUGCUCAGUUUCAGUCCUUGGGGACAUAAUGGGUCGUGCGCUAAAGAAUCUAGAUAACUUAUUACAGAUGCCAUCUGGCUGUGGAGAACAAAAUAUGAUCGUUCUUGCUCCCAAUAUUUACAUCCUCCAGUACCUGGAAGCCACUGGACAGCUCACCCCAACCAUCCGACAGACUGCCAUUGGUUACCUUCAGAGUGGAUACCAAGGACAACUGAACUACAGGCACAGUGAUGGUUCAUACAGCACGUUUGGUUACGAUGCAUCCAAUACAUGGUUGACCGCCUUUGUCAUGAGGUCUUUUGGCCUAGCAAGGCGUUUCAGCUUCAUUGAUCCCAGUGUCCUCCAGAGCGCAAAGGAUUGGCUGAUCGGCAAACAGGGUUCAGAUGGCUGUUUCAUGCAGCAGGGAACUCUGUACCACAAUGACAUGAAGGGUGGUGUUGGUGAUAACGUGACCAUGACGGGCUACGUUGUUGCGUCGCUGCUUGAACUAGGUGUCCUUGUAACGGAUCCCAUCAUCACCAAUGCUCUGUCUUGCUUGAGGCCUGUCGUUGGGAACCUGGGAAACACUUACACCACGGCUCUGCUCGCCUACACCUUCAGUCUGGCUGGAGAGACCAGCACUCGAGCACAGCUUUUAAAUGCCUUGGACAACGUUGCCAUUUCUGAAGGCACUAAGCUCCACUGGUCUCAGACUACAUCUGGUGACACUCUGGCGGUGGAGAUCAGCUCCUAUGUGCUGCUGGCGGUUCUCUCUGUACAGCCUCUCACGACAGCUAAUCUGGGCUAUGCUAACCGCAUUGUCAACUGGCUCGUGGCCCAUCAGAAUCCUUAUGGAGGCUUUUCUUCCACCCAGGACACUGUGGUGGCUCUUCAUGCUUUGUCUCUGCUCGCCGCUGAAGUGUUCAGCCUGGAAGGCUCCAGCACUGUUACUGUACAGUCAUCGUCUGUGGCAGGAGAGGUGUACAACUUCAAUGUGAAUCGAGACAACAGGCUGCUGUAUCAGGAGAAGCCGCUGAAGAAUGUUCCUGGCAGAUAUAGUGUUAGAGGGAAGGGCUCCACCUGUGUGUCUGUGCAGGUUGCUUGUUUGUACAACAUCCCGACACCCAUUAAAGCUUCCAGAACACUUAGCGUUGAAGUGAAGGUGGCAAGAGACUGCAAAGUGCAUGGAGCGGAUCUCGUGUUGAACAUCACUGUGAAGUACAACGGUGCAAAACCAACUACCAACAUGGUUAUCGUUAACGUUAAACUCCUGUCGGGUUUCACAGCGGAUACCUCACUGCUUGGCUCGCCACUGGAUACAUUUGCUCCAUUAGUGCAGCGGGUUGAUACUGGAGAUGACCAUGUGCUUGUGUAUCUGAAAGAGGUUCCCAAGGGUGCCCCCGUGACCUACAGGCUACAACUGAAACAGGUUCUUGCAGUGCAGAAUCUCAAGCCAGCGGUUGUUGAGGUUUAUGACUACUAUCAGCCAAGUGAUGUGUUCGAGACAACAUACAUGCCUCCCUGUCCAUGAUUGUGCUUAAUUUCUGGCUAAAGGAUGAAUUAAAUGACUCCUUUUAAAAACCA